AUGAAUGUUACAACGAGAUUUCAACCUUUCGUUUCACAACUAAAAGAUGACCGAUCAAAUAAAUCUUUUAUUUUUCUAUCUACAUCUUGGAUAACUUUGCCUGAUCUUUCAGCUCAAGGUUGCAGAGCGCUCCAGUUCGUUUCACCCAGGGAAGGGAAAGCUCUCGUAAAUCACGUAAUCAAGAACGUUUCGGUCGGAAGCUCAGACGUCUGUGAAAUCGAAUGUUACCUUGACAACCGCUGUUUGUCUUACAACUAUGGUGACCAGGGGAAUGUGCGCCACAAAUGUGAGCUGAGCGAUUCAGACCAUAAACAACAUCCUAAUGAUCUCCAAGAACGGCUGGGAUAUAUCUACCGGGGAACCGAGAAUGAAUGUUCCAGUAACCCGUGCUCUUUAAAUGGUAAAUGUGUCAUCGAUGUAGCUGACAAUAAAUACCGCUGUCACUGUCAUCCAGGUUACUAUGGAGACCACUGCGAACAAGUUGUUUUAGUUGAAUGGAAGAAAAUCAGCGAUGCACCAGUUUGCUUCGGAGCGCGUGAUAACAAAUAUGGAGUAUUCACCAUUAAAGAGAACGGGCUCAUUGACACCUUCAAACUCGUUCACGCAAGCGGCUCCGGCGUAAGAUGCAACUAUUAUACACUGGCAUCCUAUUGGGGUUGUGAGAAUAGACAAGAUGGUCGUGACAUCUUACUGACUGUCAUAACUUUCUCGAAUAACUCAGCUCUUCCGAUUGCGAGUUACUCCAAGGAAGUUGGCAUUAUCGGAGGACUUUGUUCGUACUACACGUAUAAGAUCAAUGGAACUACGUCUGAUUCAAAGGAAUUGAUCUUUGAAGGCCUUCAUUCGCCGCUUUGGGUGACAAUCGGCCAAGAGUUUAGAAUAUGGCAUGGACAAGAUCUGACAGGUUGUAGCGAGAUCAAUAACAGUGGUCAAACUUGUGCCGACGUCUAUGCUUGGUACACGCACUAAACCACUCUCAAUGGCAGUUUUACGCACGGAAGGACGGACGUACGAAUAUGAACGAACGACGAAUGAGCGGACGAAAGAACGCGAUGAAGCAAAACAUUUUUUAUUACCUUUGCAAGAGUUGGUGUAAAUCAAAAAUAAAUAGCGAAAGAAAAGCC